AAAAUCAAUAAUACUGUUCGUUUUGACAGAUACCGCAUAUUCUCUGAAAUUUUUUGCCAAUAAGUGUAGUCUAAUUUUAGAGUGAAUUUAUUAAUAAAAUAGUAAAAUAACUACUAAUAUUUUCAUAAAGAUGACUGCUCAAACUAUUCUUUUCGAUUUUUCUGUGGAUUCAGAAAGGACCACUGAUACUAAACAACGACAAGAAAUUGCUAAAGUAGUCCGCGGUGAAGUAGAAAACAUAUUUCCACAAGUCGAACUUGCAUAUCAAAUGACCAUGGAGGAUGGAUUUUUCUGUGUGUUCACAGAAAACAAGGAGACAAUGAUUACCUUACGCAUUUUUCAACAAGGGCUUGUAACUUUAAAUAUUGAGUAUUACUUAGAAGAUGGAAAAGAACCACUGAUGACUUUCGAUACAAUGCGCACAAUGGAACUAGUUUUACGUCAAAAAUUGCAUUCCGAUCGUUCCAAGUAUUUACCGCCGAUAAAACGUGGUGGAUACAUUGACAUAUACAUGACUAGUUCAGUCAUCCAAACGCCUUGAAAAUAUCCUAGCCAAGAAAUUGAAAGUUCAUUCUGGCCAAGUAUUGCCCACUUUGAAACGUGGAGAUGUCGCUAGGUAUUUUCCAUCAUCAG